CCUGGUGCAGAGAGUCAGGGACCCAGACCCAUACCCAGCCAGUGACCGACAGGUGGACCAGGCCUACCAUGACCUUGCAGCUGCAGCGAUCCGCGGUCGUCUCCGGCAAGGCGCCGGAGAUGCAGCAGGAGGUGGUGGCGCACGUCUACGACGUGGCCUGCAGCGGCGCCGAGGGCGGCGGCGCCACCGUCCUCCACAUCAACCGCAUCUUCAAGGACGGCAUCGGCCUCGGCGGCAUCUUCCACACCGCCAUCCAGGUCUAUGGAGAUGAAGAAUGGUCAUUUGGUUACUGCGAACAGGGCAGUGGGGUUUUUAGUUGCCCUCCAUGCAAAAACCCCAUGUACACAUUCCGUGAGUCAAUUGUGCUGGGGAAGACGAGCUGCACUAUGUUUACAGUAAAUCAAAUAUUGCGGGAACUCAGCUGGGAGUGGCCUGGAGGCUCAUACGAGCUCCUCUCAAGAAACUGCAAUCACUUCUGCAAUGAGUUCUGCGAUAAGCUUGAUGUACCAAAACUUCCAGGUUGGGUGAACCGCUUUGCUAAUGCUGGAGAUGCAGCUCUAGAGGCUGCUGAAACUACAGCAGUAAAGCUAAAGCAAGCAAAAAAGGAGAUUUUUACUGCAUGCAAAGCAGCUUCCACGUAUUUGACCGGUGCACCGUCAGGUACACCUCCAAACGCAGAGGAUACAAGUGGCUCAGCAAGCAACACUCUUUUCGAGGGGACGUGGAUCAGAAGUAUCAUCGGCAUCAGUAUGAAGCCAUCAAGGAGUCUAAUGAACGAUGCAUCAUCAAGUUCAUCCGAUGAAUCAUCUGAUGACGAGAGCGAAUCAGAUGGUAAACAGCCUGAUAGUGGCCAAGCUGAGGACCAAAAAGAUGGAACACAAGAGCAUAACAUGGAAAGUGAGAAUGGACCACAAAAUCAUCCAUGAAGUUCACACACCAUGAUGUGCAGAAAGAGGAGUAUCCUUUCCAAACUGAUAAAGAAAAUUACACAGUGAGUGAUUUACAGCAGACCCUAAUUACACAGUCACUGAUAUUCACUUCUGAUCAAGGACUGGAAGUUGAGACAAAGCCCUGAGGAGUGCUGAAGCGGCGGAGUGCACCACAAUCUGUGCUAUCCUCAACUUUACUUGCCCACGACGAGGCAUCGGACGAACUUCGCUUUGCCUUUCAACCUUGUAAACUCUGACGAGAUGGACGGCACUAACUUUCUUGCCCAUGUUGGUUUAGGAGAUAUCAGUGAGCUUCUUUGCUUGCUUGCUUGAACUUGUGCUUAAAUCUCUUCUCCCUGUGUGGUCUAUUUAUAGAGGCUCCAAGGAGUCUUAUCAGGAUGCAAGACAUGACAGCUAAAUUCUUGCUUCUUUGUCAUGUUAAUAGAGGGCCCAUUGUCUGUAUUUGAAUGAUGUUUCAUUUGAAUAUAAAUCUUGUAGUGCCUGUUGGUAUGGAGAAGCUUCUGUUGA